UCAAUUUUCUUUUCUCUUCCAUAUUGCCCGACCGUCAACUCAUCUCCCGAGCCAAGACCAAGACCAAGAGCACGCAGCCAUGUUUGUUUACGUCCUGAGGGUGGCCGAGGCUGAGGGAGCACCGCGCUGAGGGCCGCCGCUGUGCCGCCGCGUAUUUGUGUGAGCCAAGAGCUUGUUGUGUGGUGGACCUGCAGGAGUAGUUGAGGCAACCCUAGAGGAUGGUUCAGUCCAAUCUUUAGUGUGAGCCAAGGAUGAGUGCUCUGCUGCCCUCCUCCACUCUUGAACCACUGUGCUCAGCCACCAGCAUGACACCACAGUGUUGGCAGACAGGACAUGGACGAAGCUUGUUAUUGAGGAAGAAAAAGAAAUUUGAAUGGUUUCCACUCCUGGUAACCACUGUUUCCGUACUGCCCCCAAGGCUGCUGCACCACCAGCCUAGCCCAGAUCUACUUAACAUUCAGAGUCCUAGAAACUGUUUAGGAAGGGCAUAAACUAUAUUUACUUUACUAAUGUAUUGAUAUCUACCCCUUUAUUAGUGGAGUGCUUAAUUCCAGCCAAGUGUAGAUUUUCACUAGUAAAAGGCAUACUGUGUAUUUGUCUGAUUCUGUGAGUGUGUGUCCCAUAGUGAUCUAAGUGUCCCUCAACCCUACCAUUGGAGAGUAAGUUCUGUCACAAAGAUGGACAGAGCCAAGAAAAUGCCAUUCCAGGAAGUCAGUGAUCAAGCCCAGGUCUCCCCCGCCUCCUUAUCUCCUCCGGCUUCCUCCCGGCAGAAGGGGAGGAGAAAAAAGAGGGACAGUGUCAUGGAUCCACAGAAAGCAUCUAACCCCCACAGCCCCAAGUCAGACUCAUCUGAAGGAGACUCAAUCACCACCACCAUUGCCAAUGCCAACAGUUCUGCAGAUGGCGAGGCUACAGAGUCAACCCGUCUCCAUGGUGGUGAGGGGGAGGAAGAGGGGUCCACAUCCCCAUCGUCUGCCUCGGGCAUCCCUCAGAGGCUCCACUGCGUGUACUGCAAUGUUUACUAUAGUACCAAGGCAGACCUCCAGACCCACUGUCGCAGCCAAGACCACCAGAUGACCAUCAUGUCAGACGAGGGGCGGGACUGGUCCCAUCGUCCGCCUCCCCGUGGCCUUGGUGCGGAGGACUACAGCCUCUGUCCCACGUACCGUGCUGCUCAGACCUGCCGCAUGGGGGACCAGUGCGUGGAGGCUCACAGCGAGGCAGAGCUGGCUGAGUGGCAGGAGCGCUUCGAAUACCGUGCUAUGAAGCUGGAGCGAGCACGAGAAAAACAACUUCACGGUGCCUCGUAUGCUGACCAUCUGCUGGAGCGACUCUCUCUCACGCAGCAGCAGGACACCCUCAUCACAGAGAAGACGGACGGAAUCAUCAGUCAUCUGAACCCUGAGCCCAAUCUCCGAGUUUCUCAAAAGCCAAGCAGUCGUGAGUGGGUCAUCUCCCUGCAGCCGCCCUCUCCGCUGCGAGUUGUGUCUCUUCUCCACGAUGCCCACCGCAACCACUUCAGCAUCUCAGAUGUCACCUUCCUCGACGUGCAUCGCCAGCUGCAAUGGUCCUGCGUACCUGAAAACUCCCAGGAAUGGACUAGCACUGAGCAAGAUCCUCAGGCAGGGCCAGACCUCAAAUACAAAGUGACCAUCAGUUUCCGCACGGCAAUCUAUGGCACCUUCCGGCAGGCCGUUGUGUUUGACUAUGGUGUUGAGCCUGUGGCAAUGCAGAGGCUGUGUGUGGACGUGAUCCCCUUGGAGGAUCUUGGGGCCCUAGAGGAAACCAAGCGCACUGUUCUUACUCGAAGUGAGCGCUGGUGCGAGGAGAAUGUAGAUAUAGUGCCGUUUGACCGCAAGCCUCAUGACCUCAGCCCUGACGACCGGAGCAUCCUGGCUUCCUACCCGCCCCCCACCAACGAGAACUUUGUCUUCACGCAGACCUCCAUGGAGCGCUUCCCCACAAAGAACAACUACAGGAGUCGUAUGCAUGACUUGCUCAACAUUGAAGAACUUGCUCAGUUUGAUCUGGUCUCUCGUUUUAACAUCAAAACUACGCUUCAAAUCACCAGUGGGUACAUGCUUCUGCCUUCUACAGUCUCCACAGCCAAGUACUCCCGCCCAGGCGAACUCUUUGGGAAGCUGGAGCUCUCCUCGGAGAUUUCUGAAGACUCCCACCAUGGCCGUUUGGUGUUGUCCAACUGCAAUUCUAUGCUUGUCGCAACUGUGAGUGAAACCAGCCAGUCUUCAGCCGACUCAGAAAGAGGUCAAGGUGGGAACACUUCCAAGCCCCGAAGGUGUAUCCAUGAGGUUCUCAUUGAGGAUAAAACCAAGAAAGAAAUCUACCUCAGGUUCUCUGAACGUUCUGUGGCAGCCCUCAAUCUGAAAGAUGAUGAAGAGGCCACGGUUGAAGUCCAGUUUCAGUUGAAUCGCUUGCCACUCUGUGAGAUGCACGCUGCCCUCGACCGCCUGCCAUCACUUGACAUGAUCUUCCCAGAUGUGACGGUGGAGCCAACCAUUCCUUGGAGUCCCAUCAAGCAAUGGGGAGAGACUUUGGAUGCCAAGCUGAAUCCCAAACAAAAAGAGGCUUUGGUUGCCAUCACGGCUCCCUACGGCCUCAUCUUGCCUCCAAUACUCAUAAUUGGACCGUAUGGAACAGGGAAGACCCACACGCUGGCGCAGGGCAUCAAGCAAAUACUGCGGCAGCCCAACACCCGCAUCCUUAUCUGCACCCACUCCAACAGCGCUGCAGACCUUUACAUCAAGGACUAUCUGCACCCUUAUGUCAAGGCAGGGCACAGUGAGGCGCGGCCACUCAGAAUAUACUACCGCAAUCGCUGGGUCACCACAGUACACCCAGACGUGCAGGAGUAUUGCCUGAUAGAAACCGACGUCAACGUGAGGCGCUUUGUGACUCCGACUGAGGAAGAGAUUCUGGCGCACCGGGUGAUUGUGGCGACUCUCAACACGUCCCGCAUCAUUGCCUCACUCAAGUUCGAGAAAGGAGUGUUCACGCACAUCCUUAUUGACGAAGCAGCGCAGGCCAUGGAGUGUGAGACUUUAAUGCCGAUGGCGCUGGCCAAGCCUGACACACGCCUGGUGUUGGCCGGGGACUACAUGCAGCUCAGCCCGGAGGUAUUCUCCCCCUUCUGUGAGGAGAGAGGCCUUGGCACGUCCUUGCUUGAGCGCCUCUACGACCUGUACCCCGCUGACUCCCCCUGCAAGAUCAUGCUGGUGGAAAACUACCGCUCACACUCGGCCAUCAUCAAGUACACAUCUGACCUGUUUUAUGAAGGCCGCCUCGUAGCCAGCGGCAAGCAGACGGCUCAUCCAAAAUUCUUCCCUCUCACCCUCUUCACUGCUCGAGGAGAAGACUUCCAGGACCCGAGCUCAACUGCAUUCCACAAUAAUUCAGAGGUGUAUGAAGUGUGUGAGCGAGUGGGUGAGAUCAUCAGCCAUUGGCCCAAGUCAGAGUGGGGACCAGUAGGGGAGAGCUCCAUUGGUGUGGUGACUCCCUACGCUGAUCAGAUGGUGCGGAUCAGGGCGGAGCUGAGGAAACGGAAACUGUACAAGAUCAACGUGGAGAGAGUUUUGAAUGUCCAAGGGAAACAGUUCCGUGUCAUCAUUCUGUCCACUGUUCGUACCCGCCACACGUGCAAGGCAGGAGAUGAAGGCCUCGACUUUGGUUUCCUGUCCAAUGCAAAGCUGCUCACCACUGCCAUCACCCGGGCACAGAGCCUGGUGGCAGUGGUGGGUGACCCAGUCUCCCUCUGCUCUGUUGGCAAAUGCCGGAAACUGUGGGAGCGGUUUGUUCAGCUGUGUUCUGAGGCGGGGUCGUUAUAUGGGAUCUCCUGGUCAGCACUGCGCUCACAGCUGGACGGCGUUGAACUAAAGAAGACCUACAUACUGAACCCCCUGGCGCCGGAGUUCAUCCCUAGAUACCUGUGCUACCCAUCUCUGCGUCCUCUGCCUGUUGUGCCUGCCGUGCCGCCCUACAUUAACAUAUAUCCUCCUUAUAAUUCAUACAUCUCAACCAACUACCAAGUGCACCCCAUGGUGGGACCCCAAGCUCUGCAGUACCUCCCUCAGGCCUCAUCUUUAGCCUCUCAUUGGUCUCCCAUGCCCUACGGACCCAUGCCAAAACCUCAGAUUGUUCGGCCUGCACCAACCAGGCUGGGCCAGCCCCUCAUAGCUGCACCGCAUCCCCUACGGCAAGCUGUCGUCACAACAGCCACCGCUGCACCUUUUCUUGAGGCCUCAGGCUAUGGGUACUCCUUGCCUCCAGCAGUGGUGCCCAUGUACCCAUACCAGUCAGGUGGAGGACCCAACCACCGACUACCUCUGAUUCGACGGCCAACGGACUUGGACCCAGUGAGCCGCAGCCUGUAUAUGACAGCUUUACCAGCACACUACCAGCACCUCAAACAGACGGGUCAGCCUCCCGGCAUGCUGGCUCAUCAGGCUAGCCUGAGGGGGACACGUUUCACUCGUGCCAUCCACAUGCCACCGGUCCAGCGUGGGAUGCGGCUGCCCACGCAGACUGAGGGGGAGAAGACAUACCAGUUCCUCAACAAUGUACACUUCCCUGAGCGCCAGCUGACCGCAAACCCUUCGCCCCUCAUUCGCCUGCCACAGUCCCGCGCUGAGAGUGAGUCGCCCAUGUCAACACAGUCUUGGGAAAGUUCACACUCGAGUCCAAAUGAUGGAGGGCUGAGUAGCAGACUUCAGACAAUACCUCAUCCUCCCCCUCCUCCUCAUCCCCCUCCCCAUCCUCCUCAUCCCCCUCCUGCUCCCCCACCCUCUCACCCUCUCCCCAACCUCCCGUACCCUAACCCGCACUACACCCACCACCCUCGCUUGCCUGCACACUGUGAUCUCCACCCCAGCAUGGCGUUCCACCAUUUUCCACACCCUCAGCCCACCCACCCCGCCCCCAAAACACAACCGCAGUCCAAUGGAAGGAUACCAAGGGAAGAGCAGCCUCCAGACAUUCCUGAUGUGGUCCGUGCCAUUGACGAGCUCAUUGGUGAUUUGCCCUCCAGCAAGCAGACUCCCUGGCCUGCCUUUGAGUGUGAUGCAGAGGAAGGCAGGGGCAGUACAAGGGUAAGUAGCCCCCCGCUUGACUCCUGGCAAGGCAAUAUGUCUGUCAGACCCCCCACACACAUGCCUCCCCCUCCUGUCAGCCCAUGGUCUGCUUCCUCUUCCUCAUCCUCCUCUGCUAUUAAAAUUGAUGUUGGGAAGAUGGUGACCGUGCAAGAAUUAGAGGCGUCUCUGCACAGCCGUCACCAGAACAACACCUCUGCUCUCACCCCGCCUGUCCUCUCCCGAGCUCCUGGGGGACCUUUAGGGAAUGCUAAGGAUUUUGAGAGGCCCAUGGAUGCAGCCAGGGGUCCUGUGAGAUCACCAACAGAGGCAGAAGACUUGCAGGGUAAAGGAAACUGUACCAGCAUCCCACCCCCUCCUGGAUUUAGUGGCAUCAACCGUUUAGUGGAUCCCAUCUCUCGACUAGACCUCUCAGAGACUGCCCCUGGAUACCGAACCCCAAGCUUGCCUUUGUACCUGAGGCGUGGCAGCAGAGAGGCCUCAAGUCGAGGUCUGCCACCAGGAGGUGAGGCACCAGACCGUACAGUGUAUUCCCUCAGAGACAACCUUCGCAUGUCCACCACCACUCAUGGAGAGCUUGGCCUGAAGAACAUGGCACAAUCCAUUGAUUCCUUCGGUUUCACUGGUUCAAUUGAUGUGGACAGGAGGGACAGCAAGACUUACGCUGGUGUGCUGCGCUCCUCCCUUCAGCCUCCUGCUGCUGGCUCUGAGGCCAACAAAGGUGAGGAAACUGUAUAUUCACAAAACGAGCUAGGUGGCAAGAAUCUGCUCUCUGGGAAUAGUCCUUUUUACCAGUACUUCCCUUAGUGUGGGCCUGUGAUGUCAUGUGGGAACUUCCUGUUCAUGUUUCUCAUCACAAGGUUGUUUACAUCAUCUUUCAGCUGUGGAAAAAAUACAUUGUUCUAAGCUGUUAGUCCAUGAAACUUUGUCAGUCACAGCUUGGCUUACAUGAUCAGUACUUUUAUUUUUCACCAGCAUUAGUAGUCAGGAAACUCCUCAGAGUGAAUCUUUUGAACUCAACAUUGAAGACGCAUAUCUGCGUUUUAUUUUCAGCCAACAUGUAUAGCAGCAGUGAUCUAAGCAUGAUGAGUGAUGAUUCCUUACAGUGAGACCUUCCUACAUGAUUCCGAGGCAUUCUUCUUGGUGUUGUGUGUUUGCCGUGUUUUAUUGGAUUAACAGUGUAUAGUGCCAGUAGUCUUUUACUAGAAAUCAUUAUUGUAUAAAGCCAGCUGGAUUAAUUAAGUAGGAUUUUAAUAUAUAGCACAUAAAGUACAAAAAAAAAGUAGGUUACAAAUUCAGAGAACAGUAUCAUAAGUUUAGGUUAAGGGAAUAUGACUGUCUUUUUGUCAUGGCACUGGCAGUGGCCUCUAUGUUCUUAUAACCACAGUGUGUGUGUGGGUGUGGGUGCGUGUGAGUGUGUGUGAGUGUAUGUGUGUGUGUGUGUGUGUGUGCAUACAAGCAUGUAUACACGUGGUUGUGUGUCCAUCACUACUCUUCCUAGUGACUGAUGUUUAGUUCUUGUGAUGACUAGAGGUUACAGCAGAGAGAUGAAAACACAUCUUGGUAUGCUACAGUUUCAAUGCAGUGAGAAACAGCCAGCACUGACCCAACUGUUGUACCUGAAGACUCCCAUCCUCUCUCUCUAGCCAAUUGGGACCAUUGUUUUCCAUUUUACUAAAGCGGUUGCCCCGUUACAUUGCGAACAUUGGUUCACAUCCAUACCUGCCCGAGGACGUGUUCCUCAACUGGCUCGUCAAAUGAAAAUAAGUAGAUUUUAAUAUUUUUGUGAAGUUAACAAUUUUGAAAAGUUUUAAAAUGUAUGAUGAAAAAAAAUAUGCUUUAGUACGUUUGCCUAUCAAAGUUUAGCACAGUGUCCGCACCCGAGUGUCAGACCCGUGCUCCCUCCCGUGUUCUGCUUAUUUGUCUUCUUCAUGUUUGUGUGCAUCUUCCUCAAGAAAUUUCUAAAUAUUUUUGUUGGAACACAAUAUUAUUAUUUUUGUAUUAAUAUGCACUGAAAAGUUUCCAGUGUGAUGGACUCGAUAUUCAGGUGUGUAGGGAGCCAGCUUUAGUGUGGCUGUAACAGCCUUUGAACCUUCCGGGAACCUCAACCUUGUCUUGACGGGCUAAACCUUUCUUCGUACAUCUGGCUGUACUUGUUGUUAUUAUUACUAGUAGUAUUAUUGUUGUUAUCAUUAUUAUUAUUAUCAUUAUUAUUAUUAUUAUUAUUAUUAUUAUUAUUAUUAUUAUUAUUAUUAUUGAUAUUAUUAUUAUUAUUUAUAUUAUUAGUAUAAUUAUUAUCAGUCAUUAUUAUUAUUAUUAUUAUUAUUAUUAUUAUUAUUAUUAUUAUUAUUAUUAUUAUUAUUAAUAUAAUUUGUAUCUUGUCAUAAUAAUCAUCAUUAUUUCCAUCAUCACUCUCAUUGGUCUUCAUGGUGCCGGUGCAUGAAGGGAAUGGGUGUUGAUGGCAAGCUCUUGUCCUCUCAUUUCAGCCUCAUAAUAACAUGCUUCUAGUUACUCUCCUCGUAGGUAGUUAUAAUCCCAGCUGGCAUUUGAUCUGGUAGUGGAAGCCCUCCAGCUGUGUCUGCAGCGGGGGACUUUGUACAUACAUACAUACAUACAUACAUAUAUAAAUAAAUAAAUAAAAAAUAAAAAUCUGCAUGUGGUCAGGAGACUACCCAAAAA